AGAAAGGAACUAGCUGAAAAAAAGAGAAAUAAAGAAGAGGAAUUCGAAGAGGUUGAAGAAGGAAAGGAAUUUGAAGUGCAGAUUUUAGAGGAGAAUAUUCCAAUACAGGAGAAGGAAGAAAAAAAAGUACGAAUUAUUAAAGAAUUACUGAAGACGACUUAUUAUUACAAGUUCGGUGCUUCUAGUAUCCUUACUAAUGCUACUAAGGAAACUCGCAAAAUUACAAGUUUUUAUGGGACCAUAAA